UUUUUUAUCUCUUUCUAUUCAUCUCCUUUUAUCUCAUCACUCUUUUAUAUUUCCUUUCUAUCUCUCAUAAUCCUUAAAAUUCGAUUUAAUUAGAAGAAAAAAAAAACAUCUCAUGCAGGAAGAUUUUGAAAUCAACCCAAAACAAGUAACUCACUAUAUAGUCAUAUAUCGGUGUGUACCUCUUAAUAUUUGAUAGGUAUCUCAGUUUGACUUAGUUAGGUGGAGUCUAUUAUAAUUUUACACUACUAGUUGGCUAGUUGUGGCAAUGUAUAAGAAUUUUCAACUGAUAAGUUCAAUAAUUCUCUGUAUAGCAAGGUUGGACGUGCACAACUUGUGCUAUGUCCUUACUUUUUUAAUUAGUAAAAGAAUAUUCUCACUUUGGCUUUUAAAAAAGAACACUUGCGUCAAAUGUUCCUAUAUAAGGUCACACUCUCCUUCGCACUUGAGACACCAACGUCAACCAAAUAUUAUCAUAUUCUUUCUUCUUACAUUAGUUUUUCCGAUCGAGUUUCUUUCUUGUUCACAUUUCCUUGGAACAAUGGUUUUAUCAAAAUUGGUUAAGAAGGUUGCCGCAAGGCUUGAACAGAUGCAGCCUGAGGCGCCCAAAAACACUAUGAAAGUUGUGAUCAUGUUAGCAGAAGCCAUGAGGUACGGUUACACCAUACUGGAUACAUUGAACCUCUGCGACUUGGUCACAGCCAUCAUUUACGAAGUCAUGGACGAGGAUACGAAAACAGUUGCAAGUGAAUGCGAUGAAAGAAGUGAUUGUGUGAAGCUGAAAGCCCCAGGAGUCUUAGAGGAGUUAUAUGAGGUGAAGAAAUUGUUGAAACGGGCCAAGCUUUUCAGCAGCAGAAAAGAGUUAGAAGCAUUGUUAUUUGAUAAUGGAUUCACCAAGGAGGAUGUCCUCCUAAGAAAGAGAACAGCUAGGAUUCUAAAGCCGGCAUUCACAGUGGUACGUGAUAAAGAAUUAAAAUGUUUGUUUGUGUUCAUCCGUGGAACUCGUGGCAUAAAAGACACUCUCACAGAUGCAAUUGCUGCUCCCAUCCCCUUCAGUCAUACAUUCAUUAGCAGUGAUGGUAACCUGAGAAGGAACAACACGGUUUCUGGACAUGCACACCGUGGUAUGGUUACUGCAGCUCGUUGGAUUAGAAAACGCUGCACCACUACGCUACUUCUUGCUCUUCAUGAAAAUCCCGGCUUCAAAAUCAAGAUCAUUGGGCAUUCACUUGGUGGUGCUACUGCUGCACUGUUGACAUUUAUGCUUAGAGAAAUGAAGCAGUUCUCUUCAUGUACUUGUGUAACGUUUGGACCAGCUGCGAGUAUGACAUUGGAGUUAGCCGAAUUCGGGAAGCCCUUUAUCACUUCCAUUAUAAAUGGUUAUGACAUAGUGCCUACAUUCUCAGCUUCUUCUGUUCACGAUUUCAAUUACAAGGAUCGGAUUAAGGAUAAAAACAUCCUAACUGCUGUCGGAUUAAGGAUAAAGACAAGUUGGGAAACUCUUUUGACUGAAGAACACGUGUCGGAUGAUGAAGAAUAUAAUUCUUCUAGUGAAGGAUCUGACGGUGAUGAUUAUGACUCAGAUGAUGAUGAAGACAAAUUGUCUAACAUUCGUGCUAAGGAAAAAGAAGCAACCACAACAAAAAACAUCACUGAAGAAGAGAGUGUUUGUCCUGUUCCAACAUCAGUCAACUUGGAUAGACAUCCUCUUUAUCCUCCAGGCAAAAUCAUGCAUAUUGUCCCUGAAAAUAAUAAUUCAAAUCGCAUCAACUUAUAUGAAACACCUACACAAUUUUAUGGAAAGCUCAGAUUUUCAAGAAGGAUUAUUCUGGAUCAUUUCACGAAGAAGUAUUUGAAGAAUUUACAGCAAUUAAUCAAUCAACUAGAGAAAGAGCAGUCCAAAUUUGGCGGAUGAUAUAAUAGCUACUAGCUAACUGGCUUGAGGAGCCUUACCAUCAACUGGACCUCUUGAUUCUGGUAGUCAUGUUUGUUGUGUGUAUUUGAAUUCUAAUUAUUGAAAAUUUGCCUGCUGCUUGAAAUGGAUUCUAAAGAUUCUAGUUUUUCGAGUGUCUUUUAGGAGUUUGUUAUUUCUUGUAACAGCUGUAAGUCUUUUUUUUAAGUUUUGAAUGUUUGUUUCUGUUUUUUUCAUUUAAGUUGAAGUUAUACUAACAAUAAUAGAUGUAUAUUGAGCUCCAUUUAUAGAGUCAUCCAAUAAAGUUUUUCAUGUGUUUAUUUC